ACAGCGCUCGUCACCAGCAAAGUCAUCCCGUUUACGAGCGUCGAUAAUUUCCCCCCCCAGUUUAAAGCAGCGUUAGGCUCAGGAAAGGUGGGAGCGGAGAAGGAGCCGUUUGGCAACCCUCGCCGGAGCGAGAAACGCGCGCCGCUCCGCUCCCGCGGAAGGGGUACCACGGCGUGCAGGCAGGCUGCCAGGCGCGCUCGGCAGCGUGACCGCGCUGCAUUGAGCUGCUUUAAUGAAAGCCAGGAAAGAACACAUUACACAGUGUUUCUUCGGCGAGCUAGCUAGCCUCCAGUGAUUGAAAUCAAUAAAAACAGUCGGCAAGGGGCCCAGUGGGGGAAGAGAGAAAUCUCCGACGCAGCAUUCAGUUUGCUUGCCACUUUCUCCCUCCCCCCGAAAGUUAAACUCUGGAGAUCACCAUGACGAGCUACUUCGCUUUCAGCACUCGGCAGAUCCUGACGGGGAUUUAAAGGAAGCGAGCGGUUUAGUCUCCUCGCUCCCUCGACAGCGGUAAGAAAAUGAACGGGUUGUUUUUAAUUUGAAUCCUGCCUGGAAAAACUUCAUCAGACAAGUGCACCGUUCUGCGUUUCAGGAGGGGGAUGGCUUUGACAGCAGGAGAAUGUUAAACGGUGGCAGAGGGAGGACCAGGCGGGACGGCGCUCAGCGAAAGCCCGCUCUCGGGAUGGACUGUCACCCCCGGCUGGGGAGGCUCCUGCAGCUGCUGGCACCACUGCCAGCAGUGUUAUCCACACCUUAAAGCAGCUGAAACAUUAGGAAGCACAUGACCAAAGCCAAGACCUAGGGGGUCAAUCUUGGACUGACAUCCUUCUGGGCUGCACCUCUAAGAAAGGAGAUAUUGGAGCUUCUGCUGAGCUUACUUUGAAAAGGUUCAGACUUGAUGGGCAAAAUGUUUCUGCCAGCCAUCAAGAAAUGCAGUCUCAAACAACGAGGCAGUGCCUACCAGAAAAGCUGGUAACCAGCAGAGAAGAUACAAAAGCUGAAAUCACUAUGUGGAGCUGUGAAACAUUAAAUAGUACUGAGUACAGUGAGGACCAGCAUCUCUGCCAUGACUUCCACCUUGUGCUUUCCAUCUUCUCCCUUCUCUACCUCAUUAUAUGUUUUCCAAUUGGCCUUUGUUACAAUGGCUUGCUGGUCCUAGUUAACCUCUAUAACAAAGCAACUAUGACUAUGCCAGAUGUUUACUUUGUCAAUAUUGCCAUUGCUGGUCUCAUCAUCAACGCUCUGGCACCAGUGUACCUUCUAGGUCUUGCCAAUACAAAAUGGGCCAUCUGGAAUUCUAACAAUGAAGUUUAUAUUACCUUACUUAUUUUAUUCAACGUUUCAUCUUUAGUUACCAUGUACUCUACUACGUUGCUCAGUCUGGACUACUACAUUGAACGUGCUCUACCUAGAACUUAUAUGUCAAGCGUGUACAACACGAAACAUGUUUGUGGAUUCAUAUGGGGCGGAGCUAUGCUCACGAGUUUCUCAUCUCUUCUGUUCUACGUCUGCAAUCACGUAUCGACUAAAAUAAUUGAAUGUUCCAAGAUGCAGAACAAAGAGGCAGCAGAUGCCAUUAUGGUCUUUAUCGGGUAUGUUGUACCAGCUGUUGCUGUACUGUAUGCACUUGUAUUAAUUUUGCGAAUACGCAAAGAGGCUACACCACUGGAUCAAGACACUGGACGAUUAGAUCCAUCGGUGCACAGGCUUUUGAUUGCCACAGUCUGUACACAGUUCAUGUUAUGGACACCCUAUUAUGUAACUCUUUUGGUAAGCACAUUUACUAAUGCACAAGGAAGACUAGCGGAUGAGAAUUACAGUCGAAUAUUACAUUUUACCAAGAUUUUAUCAAAAUUUUUGGCUUUCUCAAGCAGCUUUGUAAUGCCUCUGCUCUACAGAUACAUUAACAAAAACUUUCCCAACAAAUUACGACGCCUGCUUAAAAAAAUACAUUGUGGGAAUCAAGGGUGUUCUCAUGAACGCACAGUAGUACAGCAAGUUAUGACGUAGGUAUGAGAAAAUCUCUGGUGCUCAGUUACUGCAGUCCUUAGUAUACCUGUACUCAGGCUGUGAUACUGCUGUGUUGGCACUCAAAAUCAUUUAUGUGAGGGUCCCAACCAGGAGGCUAGAAGGAGCCUUCCAUUACAGUUAAAUGAGACACAGUCUUAAUUUUCAAAUAGUUAAGUGUUUGCAUAAACCUUGUAAGGCUCUGGCCUAUGUGCCGCAAUACCUGUGACAUCAGUGCACUGAGCUGGUUACAAAGCAUAAGCUCUGUCUUCAUAGUUCUAAUAUUUCUGCCUGAAGAAAUAACUAAGCAGUUAAUUGAAGUCUUGACUGAAGACACAGCACUUUGUAUCUUGUACAGAAAAAGGAAUUAUCUUAUUUUCUGUAUAAAGAAAUAACUAACAGUGCUAUCCUUGAUGAAGUAAAUAGCAUUUUUCAAUGAAGAUGAUCUAGGUGAUCUUUAGUAAAGAUCAUAUUACUCAAUUAUGUAAGCCCAAAUAGUAAUAUGUUAAUUAUAAAUUACAUUAUUUAAUUUCUUUCUCCAUCACUGAAUCCCCUCUAAAAACGCCUAAUUUACCUUUUUCAGAAAUUAUAUUCUCACAAAAACUAACCUAAGAUUUAACACCUAUUUUAAAUCAAUUUUUUCUAGAGCUAGCAAUUAACAGGUUUUUUUUAUUUUUCCAGUGCUUUGUUUGCAUCCUAAAACAUUUCAACAAUUCAGAAAUAUUUAUUAAUGAAUUCUAGAGGAACAGAGAUGUUUUCUCUGCACGUUAAAAUGAAGGACACAGUGGUUUACAACGUUAAAUUAAAAUUUAACUAGUAAAGAAUGUCUGGCUAAGUGUUAUGGUCCGCAUAUGUUCAUGUAACGAGAGUAAUUAUCUUAAAAAUAAAUAUGUUUAUGAUUAACAUUUUGUAUUUUCAAGGGAUAUGUUUGCAACAAAUAAAUUAGCUUCUCUUUAAUCUAGGGCAUCACUGGAGGUUUGGAAACCAUACAAAAUCCUUCAAUACGUACUCGAUUUUAAAAUGGAGCAGUAUGUAUGCGCUCCAGUCAGCAUCAGGUGACCUCUCAGAAGUGGAGUGCCUCCCUCUGUAUUGCACAGAGGUGAUAAAGAAAGCCAGGGCAGAACGCCAGAGCUUACAGUUUGGGGAGUAUUUGAAAUAUAUGAGAAACACCAACACGCUGCAGGUGAAUUAGCAGUGGGACGUCAGUUAACCCACAGUAACAAAUCAGGAAACGGUGACCCAAAGAAUUCGCUGUAAGUGGGGUUGCAUUAUGAAUGGCAGAGGGAGCAGAAGCUAAACCCGCGUUCUCCCAUCGGUUUGGGGCAGCGUGGCAGCUUUGGCACUGGCCCUGCUUUAACAUGGCAUAGUCAUUUCAGUGACUCAUCUGUCACAACUCUAAAACUCCACAUGACUUCAUCCGUACGUGUGGCUUUUCAGGCUUCUGGUACAGAAAAACCAAGGAAUAGAAACAGAAUUAAACCUUUUCCAUUGCUCAUAGGACAAUUUACCAGAUAAAACUGUGCUAAUUUAUCAGCAUAAAGACACACAAACUUCAAGUAGGAAGUAGGUGAGGUCACUGCCUUCUCAGAUCUUGUAGCAUCUCAUAUUGUAUGGAAACUUUUUUUUUAACCCUUAAAACCCUAUAUAUUUCUGUGGUGGUUUUUCUGCAUGAAAACUAUCCAAUACAAUUAUACCAAUUUUCUUCAUAGUUUUAGCCUGCUGAUUAAAACCAUGUUAAGGCAGGAAGCCUUUAUCAGUGUGUCUGAUUCAUGCUAUGGCCUGUGGUGCCUCUAUGCUGACAUGACGUUGGCUUUCUUGUAUUUUAGUAAACCCUUGUCUUUUUCUUUCCCUUUUUUCCACCCAGCAUAAGAGCUUUUUUAAAAACUGCAGGCUACACUAAUUUUUAAGCAUUCAAGCUCACUGUCCACACAGAAGUGCAGAAGAAAGAAGUCCUCCCUUACAGCUGUCUAGCAAAUAGGCUCCUCUUCUUCCUACCAGAGGAAAAUUUGGUUUCCCAAAGCACCACAUUAAACCUCUCAUGCAGAAGCUGUUAAAGAAAUUCUGUCCUAUUACGCAGGGAAACAAAUUCCAGCAGGGAGGAACUGGCUUAUCUGGUGUGAAUACAGGCUUGCAAAACUGGGCCACUGCCAGGACUGUGUGGCUGACAGACAGCAUUAAGUGCAAUUUUAAUUUCUAUGUUGCUUUCUUACUUCUAUUUUCUCCUUUUCCCAACUCAUCUUGCCUGUUGAGUCUAAUAGGACUGAAUGGCAUAUUUAUUUCUGUUCUUUUCUCUCCAUGUUAAGCUCUCUGCUUCAGACCGCUGUUCUUUUAUUAUUUCUCUUCAGACUUUUUCUUGUGUUUUCUAUCUGCAUGUGCCGUUCUGUUUGAUUUUCUUGUUUAAUUUUGCUCCUCUGUUCCCUUCCCUGCUUGGUCUUUCACUUUAUCCUUGAUACUAUUCACCACACAUAUUUACCUCACUAGACUGACUCUUUUCUGACAGCUCCAAUUUUAUCGGGGUGAUUUGAAAUGAUAAAUGGAUUUGUUUAGUAAAAUGGAAGCUGCAAUUAAAAGAUGGAGAAAGAACAAGUUUUAUAUAAUUUACUCUUUAAAUCUCAAUUUUGAGUUUUUCUGAUGUCCUUUCUAUUUCAGAAAAGUUAAGUAUUUUUGCAUAUAUCCUUGAUAAUAUACUAAAUGUGAUGGCAAUCAUCUAGACAAACAACUUUUAUAAUUUAAUGAAUGAGAUUAGUAUGGACUCAAUAAAUAUUUUUAAGAGUUAAGGUGAUAUAUCAGUUGCCUCAAAGAAACCGUGCCAUGGAACGACUGACUGCUGUUCUCUGAAGGAAGUUCUGAGCGCUUGCAAAACCCUCAACUUGGUGUCUCUUAAAAAGCGACAUUCCAAAAACAACAGCUUUGCAAUAUUUAUACAAAAAGGGUAGAUGAGCAAGUGCGUUAAAAUACUUUAGGAAAUACAUGGUAUCAUAAAUACAGGAGAACAUUUAUGGACAGAUCUUUAAUAUACAAAGUUCUAGAAGUGGGGCCUUUCCAUUUCAAUACCUGAAGGCUUUUGAUGACUUUGUAAAUAUGGGCUUAUCUAUUUUGCGUUUAAAUAAAUAUGAAUAAAGUACUGUAUAUAUGUGCAAGAUAAAAACCAGUCUACUGAUGUAAAAAGAAUCUGCAAAGAAUUUAUUAAAUUAUUUCUUAAAGAAAGUAUCAUUUAAAUGUAAACCUCUGAACAAUGAAGUGUACUGUACGUUACUGUGUGUAUAUACUGUAUAUCAGAAAGUAAGCACAAGUUAAGUGCCAUUAUUAACAGUGUUAUUUUCUCACAAAAUGAAAUUUAAUAUUUGAGUUGAUCUAUGGCUUACAGCCCUCUUGCUGAAGAGCCAAUUAAGUCAAAUCAAUAAACUAACACAAAUGUUCAUGUCUGCUUCUGCUUAAGUUAUUAAGAAAGCUAGUUCCAGCCAGGUUCUUGUUGACUGAUCUAGUACAGAUCCUUGUUUCACAAGUUUCCGUUUGAGAACCAAACUGAGGUGGUCUCUGAAGAGGUAAUGUUCAGUUAAUGAAAGAAAGCAGUCAACCACUAGAAAAUUUGUGUCUCUAUUAAAAUGAGGAGACAGUCUUCCGUAUCAUGUCAUAAAACUACAGAUAUGCAAAGCUUCACAAUGGAACUACUGACUCGUACAAUAUUCUUAAUAAAAUGCCUAAGUGUUAAAGUCUA